AGAGAGAAAGAGAGAGAGAAGGGAGAGAGAGAGAGUGAGAGAGAGAGAGAGAGAGAGAGAGAGAGAGCGAGGGGGUUUAGAGCGUUUACUGCGCUGUAUUUGCACCAAAGAGCGUCUUCUGGCGCAGAUACGAGGCACGAGGACGCCUUUGACCUCCGCAGUGGACUCGCGGUGUGCGCUGGCUGGUCAGCGGCCGGGCGCAGUGGGCAGAAGGAGGCUGGUCAGGAGAGGAUGCGCGUUCUAAACCAGCGCGAACUCCGUCGCUCGGCUCCAGCUCUCGGUUUAACGCGGCUCGCGGACGCGCGGAGCAUUUGGGAAUAAAAGUGGAGCGCGCGGCGCGUUUGGAGAUGGAGAGCGAGAGAGCCCGCGUGCGCGCCGCUCCGCACGCCCGGACCCCCUCUUCCUCCUCCCCAUCUUCCUCCUCCUCUUCCUCCUCUAACACAAACUUGCAUGCCAGCGCGUGAAGAUGCGUGAUGGCGCAGUAGGAGGCUUCGUGCGCAGAGAGGCCUGUGUGCUGUCGUAGCAAUGAUUGCGACCGGGGGCGUGAUCACAGGCCUCGCGGCUUUGAAGAGACAAGACUCCUCCCGCUCCCAGCAUCACCUGCCCACCCAGAGCCCCGGCCCUCAGCCCGAGAAGAAGCGGCAGAAGCGUAAACCUCGCACGGACGUGGUUGUGGUGCGUGGAAAAAUCCGUCUGUACUCCGCAUCUGGCUUUUUCCUGGUCCUGGGAGUUCUGAUCCUUAUGGUGGGCAUCGCCAUGGCUGUACUCGGCUAUUGGCCCCACACGGACCUGCACAAGGAACCGGAGAGGAAUGUCACGCAGUCGUUUUUAGAGCAGCACCUGCACUCUGAGAAAAUGAAAAUGCUCGGACCUUUUACGAUGGGAAUCGGGAUAUUUAUCUUCAUCUGUGCUAAUGCAAUCUUACAUGAGAACCGUGACCGAGAAACGAAGGUCAUCCACAUGAGGGACAUGUACUCGACUGUCAUAGACAUCCACAGCCUGAGGAUAAAGGAGCAGAAGUGUAUGAAUGGGGCCUACAUGGGUCCCUACAUGGACCAUGAGAUCCGAAACUUUGGUUACGAGAGCCAAUAUGCCUCGAGGCUAGCCGCUAACACACUAAUGUCAUUCUCCGGCUUGGGAGGAGAAAUGAGACGCUCCCGGCGCACCAGCUCGGCCGAGGAUGAGGAAGGUCUAAUGGGUGAAGCCAAAGGUGUAUCAAGUUUGCUGUCACCUGGCUACAGGGAACGUACCGGAUCUAUCUUCGGGUUCCAGCCAGAGGGAAUUCGUCACUGGGAGGAAAAACGCAGUGACCUGAAGAAGUGCCAGACGCGAUCCAUCGUCUCCUCCUCCAUCAGCGCCUUCACACUCCCUGUCAUCAAGCUCAACAACUGUGUUAUUGAUGAACCUGAUAUUGACAACAUCACCGAAGAUUCUGAGCAGCUGCGAGACCGAUCAAGGCCUCCAUCCAUGGAGUCCUUAACUGUUCCCAUUCCGGAUAUUUCCAAAGCCUUCAAGCCGCCUGGUACCUUGCUGCUCCGGAGCAACUCCGCCACAGAAUCCCCCACGUCUGCAUCCGGGUGGGCUUCCUCGCAGUCCUCACUGUCCCCUGGAUCCACCAGUGGCCGGUUCCUGUCUCCUGGAGCAGCCCGGAAAGACUUCGGCUCCAAUAACUCGAUCCACAUGCUUUCGGCUCACUCCAAGUCCCUGGAUCUAGAGCGAGGUCACACCACAUUGACCGUACAGCCAGAACAGCGCAAACACCCCAGCUGGCCCAGACUGGACCGCAGCAACAGUAAAGGCUACACCAAGCUGGAAAAUAAGGAAGACCCCAUGGAUAGGCUGCUGGUGCCUCCGGUGGCUGUUAAGAGGGAUUACACCAAAAAGGAGAAGCUGCUCAUGAUCUCCAGAUCACAUAACAAUCUAAGUUUCGAACAUGACGAAUUUAUGAGCAGCACUCUGAAAAGAGGGACCUCUGAGACCAGAUUUUAGAAACGGACCUAACCCGAGGCCUUACACGCAUCCAUCCGCCUACACACAUGCAUUCACACAGUGACUAAAAAAGUUCUUCUGCAAUAUAUGAACAUACCAUUUUUCAUCAUUUUUGCAGUGAUUUUGUGAACUCAUGAAGUCCCACGGACUGCAAGCUCAGGUGGUCAUUCUGAUCGACAUAGACAUAACAGAUUGUUUCUGAAACAAAAUGUUGAGUUGUGAGAUUUUUAACCCCAAAUUGCAAACGAACAGAAGCUCACGGUCAGGAUCCAGGCCAGCAGUGGACGAAACAGUGUAAAUAGACAGCAGUGUACUAGCUGUGUGGUUUGUUGAACUUAAUUCGGUAUGUUUCCGUUGUCUUUGCUAACUGUUGAGACAGGACCUAUUGUCUGUUUUGAGUAGAGUGUGCGUGUGCAAUGUUGUACCAGAGCUGGACAGUUAUUUUGCUAUGAGGUUUUAAAUAAUUUAUUGUUCAAAAACACAUUGCUAUUUUUGAAGAGUCAUCAAUGUCUUAUUUAUCUGUUUCUCAGAAUAAAAAUAAACUUUUCACAUAA